AAAGCCAAAUUAUCACUCCAAAUAUGGCAAGUACAAAAAAGAAUAGAGCGAUAACUGCUAGGGCGUACCCCAUAAGCGACGACAAGAAUCAAGGAGGCAACGAAAAUGCUAGGGCGUCCCCCCAAAGCGACGAAACCGUCACUAGAGAAAUGAGACGACAGCCUAAAAUGCGGUUCGCCAGCUGGAACGUGGGCUCUAUGACGGGACGCAGCGCUGAACUGAGCGAAGUUUUACACCGCAGACGCAUCAACAUUUGUUGCAUCCAGGAAACGAAGUGGAAGGGGUCUAAAGCUCGUAACAUAGGCCACGACUACAAACUCAUCUACCACGGCAACGGACCCCAGAACGGGGUAGGGAUUGUGGUCGACAUAAACUUCCAAGAUCGUAUAGUGGAUGUCACACGGGUUAGCGAUCGCAUAAUCGCGAUAAAGUUUGCUUUAGAUGAUCAAACUUGUAUGAACAUCAUAAGCGUAUAUGCGCCGCAGGUUGGAUGCACCACGCGCGAUAAACAAAUAUUUUGGGAAGAAUUAAACGAUCUGAUACAGUCAAUACCCCCGAACGAAUCCAAAUACAUCGGAGGAGACCUGAACGGCCACGUUGGACAACACCCUGCCUUAUACCAAAGGGUCCAUGGUGGCUACGGGGUUGGCCAGAUGAAUGCAGAAGGAGAGAGUAUAAUGCAAUUUGCAGUAACGCACGACCUUGCAAUUAUAAACACCUUUUUUGCAAAGCCACCGAAACACCUCAUAACAUAUAAAAGUGGAGGGCAAGUACCCAAAUAGACUACAUCCUUGCAGACCGUGACCGACUGAAAACCUUCAAGGAUUGCAAAGUGAUUCCAGGCGAGCCACUGACCACACAGCAUCGAAUCCUCGUAG